AUGCAUUUGCAUUUCCCCGCCAAACACCGCUGCCUUGCGGUUAGGCUUUUGAGCCAAAGGCUUUGGUUGAGGACCCUAAUCGUCCUCCUGUCUAGGUGUGGGCGCCCUGGCAGUAUCCCAGCCCUCGUACAACCAUGCCCUACACAACUAACAAUAUUCUCAUGCCACAUCGGCCAUCGCGUGGUGCCAUCAGCCGGGUCGCCUUACUUGCUGCAUACAGAAAGCCGUCAGUGUAGCCUGCAGGAUCCCUACAGCACAGAGCCUGGCCACUACGAUAAUGUAACAACUUCCGGUCGGGUCGAGGGAUUGCAUCGACCAUAUCUUUACCCUGAGGCAAGUACCGCAACUCCGCCACCUGGAACGGUGACCAACAAUGGUCGUCACCCAGCUUCAUGUCGAAUAAAGAUGGGUGCUUCUACUUCACUUUUUUCCGGUUACCGCUUUCGAAUUGGUCAGAGUUGGGCGCGUGCAUCCCGCCGGCACCACCGAACCUCUUAUUCUGGAGAUAACUCCGAAAAAAACGUUCGGCUGAAACACCUUUCGGUGCCUAACUGCCGCGCCACUAGAAGGAAGCAUGAGGACUGGGCUACUACCAGGUUGCCCAAGCCGAGUCAGGGGAAAUCGAGAGGCAAAGGUCGGGUUCGAACUACGGACCUUGCG